AUGGCUAAGAACAAAAUAUGGUUCCUCCCUCCCGACUUCACGUUCCUACCCGACGGCGAACUAGCACUGGGCACCAUCAUCCCCUCCCCCGACCGACCAACCCGCACCCUCGACCAAUUGACCUCAGAAUACCAUCCGGAAAUCCCCAUCCCAGAGAUCAAGACCCAAGUCGAGCGAUACCACGCCCACUCCGAGCGAAGCAGCCGCUCCUUCGGCGGCGAGCUCUUCGCUCGCUUCCCGAGCUUAGCCUCGGCCGAGGUGAGGGCCGAUGUAAGCCGGUCUACGAACCGGAUGUUCGGGAACGCAGACCACGAGGUCCGGACCUUCGCGUCCGGGUUCCGGCCCGAGUCGUUAAAGGCCAUCACCGCCUUGCCCGCGGUGAAGAAGCACAUCCUCUCCGGCAGGUUCGGGAAAAGGCCCGUCUAUAUUAUAUCUGGCCUCCGCGUAGCGCGGGACGCGUUUACGGUUACGGACGAUUUGGAAUCGAGCAUGUCGAUGGAAAUAGGGGCGUCGGGGAUGGUGCCGGCAGGAAUGGUACCGGUGGAAGCUGGGGGAGGGGUUCGUUGGGCUGUGGGAAGGGAGAACGGGAACAGUUAUGAGACGGCACCGGGGGUGGUGUUUGCGUAUAGGUUGCAUGUGAUACGGCAAAGGAGGGAUAGUGAGGUGGAGUCGGAAUUGUUUACGCAUCGGAAUGCGUUCCUUACGGGUGAUGGGGAGGAUGACGAUGAGGAAUCGGGCGAGGAAAUGGAGUUUGUUAAAGUGUCGGCGGCGCAGGUGGAGGAGGAUUUGGAUGUCGACGUCGAGUUUGAGGAACGUUCGAUUGGGGAUGAGGCUUAUAUUGUGUUUAAAAAAGAACGAUAGGUUCAGCGCCUUGUACAC